AUGCAAAUGGAAUCGCAAUUCCAGAAGCAUCACUCCAUGGAGGUCUCCAGCUCCAGCUCCAGCUCCAGCUCAGUGAAGCACAUGUCUCAGACAACCCAUAUUAUGGGAGAGGAGGUGGUUUCUCGGAAAUCCUCUUCUGUUUUGGAGUCCUUCAGCAUGGUCUCCCACUCCUUUGAGAUCCCAGCAGGGGAGAGCAUCCCAGAAUUUGUGGAGAAACCUCAUCCACUAACAGCCCCUGAAGGAGACAAAGCUGUAUUUCGAGCCAAAGUGAAAGGUAACCCCAAGCCCCAUGUAGCAUGGAAAAGAGAAAGUGGGAUACCAAUCAAAGAAGGAUCAAAGAUGUUUUUCGACAGCAUCAAUAAGGAGUAUGUUCUUAAGUUGGAAAACCUCACGCCAGAUGAUGCAGACAAUUACAAGUGUAUUGUUGCCAAUGAACACGCUGACAUCAUCUAUACUGUGUCCUUGAUUGUAGCUGAAUGUCAAGAAAAGCUGGAUUUCAAAAAAAUGUUGAAAAAAAGGGGGCCUCCAGAGCCAAAGAAAAAGGGAAAGAAGGUGAUUGGUGAAAAGGAAAUGCUGGAGAUUCUCUCUAAGGUACCCAAGAAGGACUUCGAGAAGGUCUGCAUGGAAUAUGGCUUCACAGAUUUCCGAGGACUUCUUAAAAAGCUGAAAGAGAUGAAGAAAAAAGUAGAAGUUGAGGCUGUGAAGGUUCUGAAACCCCUGGAGGAUGUUUCUGCUAAGGUGGACUCUACAGCAAUAUUUGACUGUAUUCUGGAACUCAGGGAUGCCAGUAUGAAGAUGACGUGGGUGAAGGGUGAUGAACCUUUGCGUCUUACGUACAGCCUAGGAAAAUAUGAACUGAAACAGAUGGGCACUAAGUUUAUGCUCUACAUCACCAAUGUGAAUGAAAGUGACAUGGGCAGAUACAGUCUUUUAGUAGGCGAUAAGCAACUCUCUGCAAAGUUGAAAGUAAUCGAUGAGCCCCUGAAGUUCUUGGCAGGCCUGAAACCUCUGAAAGUAACAGAGAGGCAGACAGCUGUGUUUGAAAUCCGCCUUUCCAAAAAGGUGCCCAACUUUGCCUGGAAGUUCAAUGGGAAAGAGCUGAAGCGAGAUGACAAGUAUGAGAUCAUCACGUCGGAAGAUGGCUUAACCCACACGCUGAAAAUCAAAGACGUUCGCCCAAGUGACAUGGGUGACGUUGCUUUUGAAACUGGAGACCUUGUGACCAGGGCAGAGCUUUUCAUCGAGAGACCUCCAAUUAAGUUCAUCAGAAACUUGAAGAACGUCCGAGUCAAGGAGAAGAGCAAAGCUUGCUUGGAAUGUGAGCUGACCAGUAAAGAUGUUAAGUUGAAAUGGUUGAAGAAUGGGAAGGUGAUUGAGAGGUCAAAAAAAUAUACAAUGACCCAUGAAGGGAAGAUGGCAGAGCUGAUCAUAGAUGAUGCUGAGCUGAGAGACUCGGGAGACUAUAUGGUCAUUGCCAUACAAGAAAAUGACCCCACAGAGUACUACAGCAAUUGUAGUGUAACUGUGGAAGAGAGAUUUGCUACAGUCAAGAGCGGUUUAUCGGAUGUCCAAGCUGCAACAGGGGACCCAGCAGAACUUUGUGUUGUCCUGAAUGAUGAGAGGGUAGAAGGUGUUUGGCUGAAGGAUGGUAAAGAGAUUACAGAUAUGAGAGGAAUCCAGAUCAUCAAGCAAGGAGCUGUCCACAAACUCAUCAUUGACAAAAUGGGAGAGCAAUUUGAAGGGAAGUACACUUUCAGAGCAAAAGGGGCUGAGAGCGAGGCCACUGUCAGCAUUGCAGAUCCCCCUUUUAUUGAUCCAGCUGUGCUGGAAGCUUUAGCUGCCCACCCGGUGACUGUGAAAGCAGGCCAGACAGCCUACAUCAAGGUUCCCUUCAAGGCCAAGCCCCUGCCCAAAGUCACCUGGUUCAAGGAUGGCAUUGAGGUGACUGAAGAAGAAAGGGUAGUGAUGGAAAGGACCAAUGACCAAGCCCUGCUCACAAUAAAGGACUGCGUGAGGGAAGACAGUGGAAAUAUCAUGCUGAAGCUGAAAAGCGAUUGUGGAACAGCCAUUGCUCAUUUGUUCCUCAAUGUUAUUGACAAACCAAAACCACCAAAUGGAAAAGUGGAAUUCCUGGAGAAGACGGGGAAGUGUGUAAAAAUGAAAUGGAAAGCACCCAAGGAUAAUGGGGGCAAGCAGGUGACCCACUUUAUUAUUGAGCGGAAGAUGGUUGGGAAAAAAUCCUGGAUCAAAGUUGGGGAAAUCGACAGCAAACACACCACGUUUGCCACGGAUAAGGUAGAAGAAGGGAAAGCCUACCAAUUUCGGAUCUUGGCUGUGAACUCCGAGGGUGCCAGUGAGGCCCUAGAGACAGAGGAAAUCUUUGCUGGGGAUCCUAUUGAACCUCCAGGACAUGCCUCUCAACCUCAAGUGACUGAUGUUACCAAAGAAGCUGUUACCAUUACCUGGAAUCCUCCAGCGAAAGAUGGUGGCUCUCCAGUAAUGGGAUAUGUUGUAGAAAGAAGGAAAAAAGGCAGCAACCUUUGGGUCCCAGUGUCCAAAGAACUAGUUAAAGAUACUAAAUGCAAAGUGGAUGGCUUAUUGGAAGAUACAGAAUAUGAAUUCCGUGUCAUAGCUGUGAAUCGAGCAGGACCUGGACAUCCCAGCUGUGCUUCAAACUCAGUUGUGGCAAGAGACCCCAUCAAGCCUCCUGGACUGGUGAAGGGCAUGCAUGUGGCCGAUUCUUCCAACUCCAGCAUUUCAUUGGCAUGGCAGCAACCAGAUGAAGGUGAUCCACCAUCAGGUUACAUCCUGGAGAUGCGAGCUGAGGACACCAAGGAAUGGUCCAAGUGCACCAAGAUCCCAAUCUCUGGUACCAGCUACACAGUGGGAGGACUGCAGGAGAGGCAGAAAUAUUUCUUCCGGAUUCGAGCAGUGAAUGAAGCAGGAGUGGGAGAACCAAUUGAGCUAAAGGAAGGUGUUCUAGCCAUGCCCCCUCCAGCUUCUCCCAAGUUUGAUCUGAGUGCCAGGCUGAAGAGUCAUAUGGUUGUUCGUGCUGGGACUGCCCUCUGCAUUCACGCCGCCUUUACCGGCUCCCCUCUGCCAACCGUGGUGUGGCAAAAGGACGGCACUCCCACGAGGGGGAGAGAGAGAAUCACUAAAGGCAAGAACCACUCUCAGUUCCUCAUUCACAGUACCAAACGCUUCGAUUCUGGACUCUAUCGCAUUGUACUUACCAAUGACUAUGGAGAAGCCCACUACGACAUCCACGUGCGAGUGACAGAUUUCCCAAGGCCACCAACCAACCUGAAUCUGAUUGAGGAGUUGCCCAAUACUGUAACGCUGAAAUGGGAUCACUCUCCAGACAUGAAGGAGGAUGGAGGGGGCCAUUACGUCAUCUUGAAGCGCGACACCAGCACUGCCACUUGGUUCACAGCAGCAGAAAAGGUUUAUAGUAACAAGUACACUGUCACCGGCCUACUUCCUGGCAGGAAAUAUUUCUUCCGAGUCAUUGCCCGCAAUGACAUUGGCGAUAGCGACCCUCUAGAUUCAAGGGAGUCCUGGCAUAUCAACAAAGAGAAAGAACUUUUCCACGCCAAGAUAAAGGAAUAUCAUGAGCGUGACUGGCGCCACGCACCUCAUUUCAUCACCCCACUGAAGAACCAUGCGGUGUGCCGUGGCCAUGACUGUACUAUGAGCUGUGCUUUCCUGGGAAAUCCUCGCCCCGUGGUUACACUGUACAAGGGCAAUGUCAACAUCACAGCCAAUUCUAAAUUCUGGUACAACUCAACCAGCGGUGUCUGCACGCUGAUGAUCCCCACCUGCAGUUACAAGGACAGUGGAGAAUACUCCAUAUUAAUUGAGAAUGAGCUUGGGCAAGAAAAAUGCAGUUGCACAUUGACAGUGUAUGACAAAGAUGAUAGAAGCCUUCUGGAUUCGGUGACUGAGAGCCUGCAGAAGUCAAAACACCGAAUGUGAAGAACAUACUUAGAAGUAAAAUUUAAAUUCAGCUCAGCAUUCAGAAUACUUCAGAUGCUUUAGUUUUGCUGUGCAUGGCUUAAGCACUAUGUGACUGUAUUAUUUG